UCAUUUUACUUUGUUUGUUACCUGUGAUUUUGUGUUAUCAUCUAACAUGGACUUACUAACACUGUUAGGGGGGCUGGUUGUGAUAUUGUGUAUCUUAAAGUCGGUGGAGCUUUAUAUGCGAACAAUUUUCUUAGACACAAAGAAUAAGUGUGUUUUGGUAACAGGUUGUGAUACGGGAUUCGGGCACCUGCUAGCACAGGAGCUGGACAAGAGAGGAAUCCGUGUUUUUGCUUCCUGCUUAACUGAAGAAGGAGAGAAAAGGCUACUUGAGAAAUGUUCCUCCAAAGCCGUCGUUUUCCGUCUCGAUGUCACAAAAGAAGAAUCCAUUCAAAAUGCAGUUUACCUGGUAAAGGCUAAACUCGCUGGAGAUGAAGUGCUCUGGGGUUUGGUCAACAACGCAGGUGUCAUUUUACUGGCGGCACCGUUAGAAUGGCAAACUAAAGAACAGUACGAGAAAACUCUGGCUGUCAAUCUUUUUGGUGUCAUCGAAAUGACAAGGGCUUUCCUCCCUCUACUCCGGAAGUCUAAGGGGAGGGUUGUCAACAUGUCUUCCAUUGCUUCCAUGUUGGCCAUUCCAAAACUAGCGCCAUACAACAUCAGUAAAGCUGCUAUAGAAUCGUACACCGACACUUUAAGAAGAGAGAUGUAUAAUAUAGGGGUGACGGCUCAUCUCAUACAACCAAGUGGAUUUACAACAAACGUCUUCCCAGCGGACGCCACUGAACGUCUACGUAAAGCGUUUGACGAACUUCCACAGGAGGUCAAGGAGUUCUACGGAGAGAAAAGCGCUAAUAUGGGGCACACUGAUAUCGUGAAAGCUCGAGUCACUCUGGAUCCCGACUUAACCAAAGUGACAAGGGUUAUACAACACGCCUUGUUUGCGCGCUAUCCAAGGUACAGAUAUCCUGUUGGAAAAGGAGCUGUCUCGAUAUUCUGGACUUUUUCUCAUUUUCCUGAAAUAAUUCCGGACAAACUCCUCGCGAUAUCAGCUCCAUGAGCACAAUCAUUGUACAUCAUUUGGCAGCUUAAUAUCUGUGUUGUUUUAUAAUCUGGAUGGACACAGAACAGUAAUGACUACAGCAGAGUGACACAUUUUCCCAUACAAAGUUGUAUUCUGUUUUCAUUGAUUAGUCAUAAGUGUGUAUAUGUGUUUAUGUAAUUGUGAACCUUGAUUGAUUAAACAAACAAUACUCA